AGCGAUCCAUCAAUCUCUAGCUAGCUUGCCACGGCCAUGGCCUCCCGCCUAUCAUUGUUGGUGCUCCUCCUGGUGGUCGCGGCGGCGUCGGCGACCCUGACGAGCACGGCGGCGCAGCUGCAGUACGGGUACUACAACGCGACCUGCCCGGGCGUCGAGGACCUGGUGCGCGAGGAGCUGUUGGCCAUGUUCGCCGCCGACAUGACUCUCCCGGCGGGUCUUCUCCGUCUGCACUUCCACGACUGCUUCGGCGCCGGCUGCGACGCCACCCUGCUGCUCAAGUCGCACAACGGCACCGCCCAGCGCGACGCCGACCCCAACUCGACGGUGCGCGGGUACGAGGCCAUCGAGGCCGUGAAGGCCAAGGUGGAGGCCGCGUGCCCGCUCGUGGUCUCCUGCGCCGACCUCCUGGCCAUGGCGGCGCGCGACGCCGUCAACUUCACCCAGGGCCCCGCGUACCAGGUGGAGACCGGGCGGCGCGACGGCAACGUGUCCCGCAAGGAGGACGCGGAGCGGUUCCUGCCGCCCGCCGACGGCAACGUGACCGUGCUGACCCAGUACUUCGCCGCCCAGAACCUGAGCGCCAAGGACAUGAUCGUCCUGUCGGCCGCGCACACCAUCGGCGCGGCGCACUGCCCCUCCUUCUCGAAGCGGCUGUACAACAGCAGCGGCGCCGGCGACCAGGACCCGGCCAUGGACCCGGCGUACGCCAAGAACCUGACGGCGGCGUGCCCGCCGGGGAACGUGGCGAGCGUGCAGCCGCUGGACCCGGUGUCGCCCAACAGGUUCGACCUGGACUUCUACAAGUCCGUGGCCAACGGCACGGCGCUGCUGGGGUCCGACGCGGCGCUGCUGGAGGACAGCCUCUCCUUCGCCUACGUGCAGCUCAUGACCAACGACUCGUACCUCGACACCUUCUUCGCCGACUUCGCCGCCUCCAUGAUCAACAUGGGCAGGAUCGGCGUGCGCACCGGCGCAGACGGAGAGAUCAGGGACACAUGCGCCAUCUACGUCGACUGAUCCAUCUCAUCGUCCGGCUGGUUGCUGCAUGCUGAGAUUUUCUUUUCAUUCGAUUCUUCACCUUCCUCUUCACUUUAAUUUUGUUCCUCAUUCAAGUGCGUGCGGUGGUUCAUGUUGUACGUCGUCCUUAAUUGGCAUUGUAUUUCGAAACAUCAGGAUGGAUGUUUAAUUCAUUCAUUCAUUGGUUUGUGGCAAAA